GCUCCAUGGGGGCUCCCCAGCCCCCGCCUGCACUGCUGGGCCUGGAUGUGGCUCCUGGCCGCAGCCGUGGACAGCCUCCCCAACAAGCAGCCGGCCGGGCCCCUGGACUGGCUCUUGUCGGACAAAGGCCCCUUCCACCACUCCCAGGAGUACACCGACUUUGUGGAGAGGAACCGCCAGGGCUUCUCCACCCGAUACAAGAUCUACAGGGAGUUUGGGAGGUGGAAGGUGAACAACUUGGCCGUGGAGAGGAGAGACUUCCUGGAGUCGCCUUUGCCUCUGACUCCGGAGUUUGUCCGCAACAUCCGUCUCCUCGGCCGUCGGCCCACCACCCAGAUGAUCACCGACAACCUGAUCAGGAAGUACGGAACCCACUUCCUGUUGUCGGCCACGCUAGGAGGAGAAGAGGCCUUAACGAUAUUCGUGGACAAGCGUAAAUUGAGCAAGAAGGCGGACGUGAGCGAUUUCUCCGGCUCUGGGAACUCUUCCACAGUGAGUCUGGAGGCCCUCCACCAGCUGGCUGCUUCCUACUUCAUCGACAGGGAGAGCACCCUACGCAAGCUGCAUCACAUCCAGAUAGCCUCCACCGCCAUCAAGGUAACAGAGACCCGGACAGGCCCUCUUGGCUGCAGUAACUAUGACAACCUUGACUCUGUGAGUUCUGUAUUGGUUCAGAGUCCAGAGAACAAGGUUCAUCUUCAAGGCUUGCAGGUGAUUCUACCCGACUACCUGCGGGACGGCUUCGUCCGAGCGGCGCUCAGCUACAUUGCCUGCAACGGCGAGGGCGCCUUCGUCUGCAAAGACAACGACUGCUGGUGCAGGUGCGACCCGAAGUUCCCAGAAUGCAACUGCCCUUACACCGACAUCCAGGCCAUGGAGGAGAGCCUGAGGCGCGUCAGGGAGACCUGGGGGACGCUCUACAGAGAGUUUGAGGAUUCAGACGAGUUCAAAACCUUUCUGACGAGGCUUCCCCAGAACUUCUUCCUGAACUCGACGGCGAUCCAGCACCUGUGGUCCCUGGACGGCGUGUUCCAGUGGCGCUACGAGCAGCUGGAGAACAACAUGCGCCUGCUCUUCAGGAGAGCCCAGCGGGUCGUGUUCAAGCUCUUCAGCCUCAGCAAGAGGUGCCAUAGGCAGCCCAGCGUCCGUCUCCCCAUUGGACGGCCCCAGUCCUACUGGCUGAACCACUUCCAGUCUCUCCUCUACUGCUCCGAGAACAACCAGCUGGGCUCCUUCUCUGAGGAGCUCCGCAGAUGCUCCUGCAGCCACGAGCACAGCCCCUGCCAGGCCCCUCCGCCCUGCUCCACCGGGGAGGGCCACGGCUGCGCCGCCUGCGCCCCGGACAACCACACCCGCUGCGGGAGCUGCAACCCAGGCUACGCCCUGGUGCAGGGGCUGUGCAGGCCGACGGUGGCCGACUCCACGGAGAACUACCUGGGCUUCGAGACGGACCUUCAGGACCUGGAGCUGCGCUACCUUCUCCAGAGAGCCGACCGCAGGCUGGAGGUGCAUGCCAUCUUCAUCAGCAACGACAUGCGCCUCAACAGCUGGUUCGACCCGUCGUGGCGGAAGAGGAUGCUGCUAACCCUCAAGAGCAACAAGUACAAGUCCAGCCACGUCCACAUGCUGCUGGGCGUGUCCAUGCAGGUGUGCCUCACCAAGAACAGCACCCUGGAGCCCGUGCUCACCCUCUACAUCAACCCGUUCGGGGGCAGCCAUUCAGAGAGCUGGUACAUCCCCGUAAGUGAGAACAGCUUCCCGGACUGGCAGGCCACGAAGCUGGACCUCCCUCUCGAGUGCUUCAACUGGACGCUGACCCUGGGGAACAGGUGGAAGACCUUCUUCGAGACCAUCCACAUUUACCUGAGGAGCCGGAUCAAGACGCAGGGGGAGGGCGGGGCCACAGCGCCCGGGAACGACACCGUUUACUACGAGCCUCUGGAGAUGGUGGACGCCUCGCGGAACCUGGGCUACAUGAAGAUCAACAGCAUCCAGGUGUUUGGCUACAGCAUGCACUUUGACCCGGAAGCCAUCCGCGACCUGAUCCUGCAACUAGACUAUCCGUACACCCAGGGCUCCCAGGACUCGGCCCUGCUGCAGCUGCUGGAGAUCAGGGACCGAGUCAACCGGCUGUCCCCUCCAGGGCCUCAGAGGCUGGACCUGUUCUCCUGCCUCCUGCGGCACAGGCUCAAAUUAACUGCCAGCGAGGUGGUCCGUAUCCACGCCUCCCUCCAGGCCUUCGGGGCACGCUUGCCCAACUCUUUGGAUUACGAGACCACCAAACUGUGUAGCUAACAGCUGUCUGAGGAACUCUGAGGAAGUGGGGGCUUCCGGGAGAAAGCGGAGGGCUCCGCGACACCUGGAUAGCAUCCUGAGUGUGGAUUUCGGUCAUGACAACAACUGACUGGAUUAGCAUACAGUGCCACCAAAUAGUGCAGUUAACUGUGUGGGGGGAGAGCGGGGAACAGAUGGAGAACGUUCCGGGUUAUUUGCUUCUUGUUGAGUGGCAAGGACUCGAUAGCCACAGGAGAAACUGUCAAACAAAUGACAACCAUUAACAACACAUCUACAAUUUCCAACAUGUCAUUCUCUUGGUAUUAACUUGACCAUCUUGUUCAAACACAGACCUUCUCAUUUACACAGUAUCCACCAAACACAAAUGAAGAGAACUUUGAAGAUACAUGGUAAAAUAUGGUUGUUUGUAAUUUUUAUAUGUUCUUUUGCUUCAGUGACAGUACUAUUUCCAUAAUGACCAGA